AUGGACGAGUUUAGUGGCUCCGUCAGAGAGGAUGAGACAGAGAGGCCGAGGCGAGAGAUCCACCUGCCGUCAGGUAACAGAGAUGAGGAGGAAGGGGCCAGCUGGUCCACAACAGAGGGACAGAGUCAGACCACGGAUGAGAGAGAGACCGAGCGUCAAAGUGUAGCGGGAGGGGCUUGCUGCCCAGUCGGACACUUGUCGUUUCCUUUCUCUCAGCCACCUGGUGGCCCAGGCCCGGCCCAGCUGAGCCCGUCAUUGGCAGCCAUGAGCCUCCAGUCCAGCACCCCCGAGGCCCUGAGAGUGGUCAACCUGCUGCAGGAGAGGAACCUGCUGCCGCCCACCCCGAUCCCAGCCCCAACACCCUGCCUUCCCCAAGACCUGCAGAAGAUAAACUGCCACCCGGAGGUUUUCCGUUCCACACUGACCAGCAUCCCUCAGACUCAGUCUCUGCUCAACAAGGCCAAGAUGCCGCUAGGCCUGCUGCUCCACCCCUUCAAAGACCUCUCGCAACUUCCUGUGGUGACAUCCAGCACCAUUGUCAGGUGUCGGUCCUGCAGAACCUACAUCAACCCCUUUGUGUCUUUCCUGGACCAGAGAAGGUGGAAGUGCAACCUGUGCUAUCGGGUCAACGACGUUCCAGAAGAGUUUAUGUACAACCCAGUCAGCAGAUCAUACGGAGAGCCACACAAACGACCUGAGGUCCAGAACGCCACCAUUGAGUUCAUUGCACCUUCAGAAUACAUGCUGAGGCCACCACAGCCGGCCGUUUACCUCUUCGUUCUGGACGUAUCCCACAAUGCAGUGGAGACGGGCUACCUGAAUGUCUUCUGUGAAUCACUGCUGGAAAACAUCAAUGCGCUUCGUGGAGACUCAAGGACAAAGGUGGGCUUCAUCACCUUCGACAGCACCAUCCACUUCUACAACCUCCAGGAGGGACUUUCUCAGCCUCAGAUGCUCAUCGUGUCUGACAUUGAAGAUAUCUUUUUACCAACACCAGACAGCCUUCUAGUAAACCUCAAUGAAUGCAAAGAGCUAGUGCAGGAUCUGUUGAAGAGCCUGCCAAGUUUAUUUGAGAAGACGAUGGAGACCCAGUCUGCCCUGGGUUCAGCUCUGCAGGCAGCCUUCAAGCUGUUGUCGCCCACUGGAGGACGCAUGUCUGUCUUUCAGACCCAGCUGCCCAACCUCGGUGUGGGGGCGCUGCAGUCCAGAGAGGACCCCAACCAGCGGGCAUCUGCCAAGGACAUCCAGCACUUAUCUCCAGCAACAGACUUCUACAAGAAGCUGGCUCUGGACUGCUCAGGCCAGCAGGUGGCCGUUGACCUGUUCCUGCUCAGCGCUCAAUACUGUGACUUGGCAUCGCUCGGUUGCAUAUCCAGAUACUCGGCAGGGAGCGUUUACUACUACCCCUCCUACCACCACCAGCACAACCCAGCUCAGGUGGAGCGCUUCCAGAAGGAUCUGAAGAGAUAUUUAACCAGGAAGAUUGGCUUUGAGGCUGUCAUGAGGAUACGCUGCACCAAAGGUCUGUCCAUCCACACGUUCCACGGAAACUUCUUUGUCCGCUCCACAGAUCUGUUGUCCCUCCCCAAUGUCAACCCAGACGCUGGCUUUGCAGUUCAAAUGUCCAUCGAGGAAAACCUGGACGACAUGCAGGUCGUCUCUUUCCAGGCUGCUCUUCUCUACACCUCCAGCAAAGGAGAGAGGAGGAUUCGUGUGCACACUUUGUGUCUCCCUGUGGUCAAUUCUCUGUCAGAUGUCUUUUCUGGGGCUGAUGUUCAAGCCAUCACUGGACUGUUGGCUUGUAUGGCUGUGGACCGUUCAGUGACGGCCAGUUUGAGUGAUGCCAGAGAUGCGAUGACCAAUGCUGCCAUCGACUCGCUGACAUCUUAUCGGCAGUCUGUGCUUACCAUCCAGCAGCCCGGCCUGCUGGCUCCAGCCUGCCUCAGACUCUUCCCGCUCUUCAUCCUCGCUCUGCUCAAACAGAAAGCCUUCAGGACGGGCACCAGCACCAGGCUGGAUGAACGAGUGUUCGCCAUGUGUCAGCUGAAGUACCAGCCGCUGGCCUACGCCAUGCUGAUGAUCCAUCCUGCUCUGUACCGUGUCGAUGAUCUGACCGACGAGGGAGCUUUGAACAUCAACGAACGGACCAUCCCACAGCCCAGAGUGCUGCAGCUGUCUGUGGAGAAGCUCGGCAGGGAGGGAGCUUUCCUCAUGGACGCUGGAACCGUGAUGUAUCUGUGGAUCGGAAGGAACUGCCAUCCCAACUUCCUCACACAAGUCCUGGGAGUUCCAAGCUACGCUGCCGUGCCUGAUAACCUGUACAUGCUCCCAGAACUGGACACCGCUGAGUCGCAGAGAACCAGAGCUUUCGUUGGCUGGCUGAGGGAUCAGAAGCCGUUCUUCCCCUCACUGCAUGUCAUCAGGGACGAGAGCCAGCUGAAAGCCAACUUUAUGCAGAACAUGAUCGAGGACCGAACGGCGUCGGCCCUGUCGUACUACGAGUUCCUUCUCCACCUCCAGCAGCAAAUCUCCAAAUAAUGCCCAGUGGGACUGUGGAGGCGAGGGAACAUUUAAGCAAGGAUGCGCAUCAGCGUAUGUGUGUGCGUAUAUAUGUAUAGGGGGUGCGUGUAUGAAUGUGUGUGUGUGUGUGGAACCGGCGAGAGGCAAACUCAAGGAUGCUUCUUGCUCCAUCUGCAGCUGUGGUUCACCGUAUCUCUGAGGAAAACCUGAGCCGAAACUGACGCAAGGCAUCGGCCGAAUCAAAUUAUGCGAUGGACAGAGCGAAGAGUCGAUCAUUAGGCACUUUUUACCCAGCUGAAAGGUGCUGGAGGAGGAAAAAAAUAGAAAAAAAGAAGCAAGAAAUCAUGAUUUAACUAUGUCAAUGAUUGAGCGAAUCAGUGUUUAUUCUCAUAGAACAAUGCUGUCUAACUGAGGUAUCGUUCAGAUACAGUACAGGAAAGCAGAAGUGUUUUUCAUUCAGAAAGCACAGUCAUCUUUACUAACACAAGUCCAACGUAUGUAUGUAUGUGUGCUUACAACUAGGUUUAUGAGGAAGGCUAGCGCUCAAAGACUGUUUUUGGGUGUCCCUUGGAGUAUUUGUAUACACCUGAGCUCUAACAACACUCUUAAUAUUGUACCUGAAGGACAGAGCGUGUGCUUUUUAUUUGACCGUCAUUAUAUUUGUGUGUUGAACAAAUCCGUAGACUCUGUUGUUAAAGGCCGAAAUUUUAACUUUGUUUGAAGGCAGAUCGGCCCCGUUGUCUUCGCUGCCUUGAAUGUGUGGAUUUGGCAGCGGAAAGUUGUUUCAUAGGUCUGACCUGUCCUUCAGAAACUCUUGUCAUCUUUUCCCUCUCUGGAUAUUUAGAACACCUCUGACGAGACCGCUGUUCUGUUUGUUUAUUUCUUUUUUUCUGAUUGUUUAAUUUAUGAGACUCCCAAUCUGAUUAAAUUCUAUAAUUGCCUUGUAUGGGAACUCACUUUUUAUUAUUAAACCUCUGUUUAAAUACAGACUCUAUAUAUGAAAUAUUUUAAUAUAAUAGGAUAUGGGAAAUUCUUUAACACAGACAUAACAAAGCCAUUGUGAUCUUUUAUUCAUGCUUAUUGAUACUUGUAUAUUGAAAAGACUGCAUUGUGUAAAGGUAAAGAAAUGCUGAUGAUUUUAGUAUAAACAAUAAGGUGAAAUGACGCUAAGAAAAUAAAAUGUUUGGGACUUUUUAAAUGUAGUUUGUGUUUUGGUGGAUGAACAGUGUUUAUUCUGUGAAGGCUACGAAACAGAAUAUGGACCAACGUCAUCGAGAUUUCUCUUUGAAACAAGGUUUUUGAUUUGGUCUGAUUUCAUACAGUUUGUAAUCUAUGUACUAUAUCAGAAAAAAGAUGUAUUUAGGAACAGACAAAUAUGUUUUAGUCUUCAUGCACAAAAUUGUCUUUCAUAAAAAAAAAUGAUGAAAACAAAAA